AUGACGGUUAAUCAAAUGAAAACUAUCGAUUUGGAGGAAGGAUGGAAUUUCAUGCAGACGGGGAUCACAAAAUUAAAGGAUAUAUUGGAGGGACAGGCAGAAACACAGUUCAGCCCCGAAGAGUACAUGAUGCUUUACACAACCAUAUACAACAUGUGUACCCAGAAACCUCCUCACGAUUAUUCACAGCAACUAUACGAGAAGUACAAGGAGGCUUUUGAUGACUAUAUUCAUUCAACGGUUCUGACAUCUUUGAGAGGAAAGCAUGAUGAAUUCAUGCUGAGGGAACUUGUAAAAAGAUGGGUGGAUCAUAAAGUCAUGGUCAGGUGGCUUACACGUUUCUUUCACUAUCUUGAUCGAUAUUUUAUUGCUCGGAGGUCGCUCCCUGCACUCAAAGAAGUUGGGCUGACCUGCUUCCGUGAUCUGGUUUACCAAGAAAUGAGAAGUAUUGCCAGAGAUGCUGUUAUUACUCUUAUUGAUCAAGAACGUGAGGGAGAGCAGAUUGACAGAGCUUUGUUAAAGAAUAUUUUGGAUAUAUUUGUUGAAAUCGGAAUGGGGCAGAUGGAUUACUAUGAAAAUGACUUUGAAGAUGUCAUGCUUCAAGAUACUGCUGCAUUUUAUUCAAGAAAAGCAUCAAACUGGAUUGUGGAAGAUUCUUGUCCAGAUUACAUGAUGAAGGCAGAGGAUUGCUUGAAGAAGGAGAAGGACCGAGUAUCUCAUUAUCUACACUCCAGUAGCGAGACAAAGCUUUUGGAGAAAGUGCAAAAUGAAUUGUUGGUGGUACAUACCAAUGAUCUGUUGGAGAAGGAGCAUUCUGGAUGCCGUGCAUUGCUUAGAGAUGAUAAGGUGGAGGAUCUUUCCAGGAUAUACAGGCUCUUCCACAAGAUUCCGAAAGGAUUGGACCCCGUUGCCAACAUGUUUAAACAGCAUGUCAUUUCUGUAGGUAUGAUUUUAGUCCAACAUGCUGAGGAUGUAGCAAGUAGCAAGGCUGAGAACACUAGUGGAGCACAGGAGCAGGCAUUUGUCAAGAAAGUAAUCGACUUGCAUGACAAGUACUUUGCAUACGUUACAGAUUGUUUUUCAAACAACUCCCUGUUUCACAAGGCUCUGAAGGAUGCUUUCGAAGUUUUUUGCAACAAAGUUGUUGCUGGCUUCUCUAGUGCAGAGCUUUUGGCAUCAUACUGUGAUAAUAUUUUGAAGAAAGGGGGAAGUGAAAAGCUCAGUGAUGAAGCUAUUGAGGAUACUCUGGACAAGGUAGUCAAACUCCUUGCCUAUAUCAGUGAUAAGGACCUUUUCGCUGAGUUUUAUAGAAAAAAGCUCUCUCGUCGGCUGCUUUUUGACAAAAGUGCCAAUGAUGACCACGAAAGACUAAUUUUAACGAAGCUAAAACAACAAUGUGGUGGGCAAUUUACAUCAAAGAUGGAGGGAAUGGUAACUGAUUUGACAUUGGCAAAGGAAAACCAGAACCACUUCCAGGAAUAUCUCAGCAACAAUCAAGCUGCUAGUCCAGGGUUGGAGUUGACUGUCACUGUUCUCACAACUGGAUUCUGGCCUAGUUAUAAAUCUUCUGAUCUGAGUCUCCCAGCAGAGAUGGUGAAGUGUGUUGAGGUUUUCAAGGAGUUUUAUCAAACCAAAACGAAACAUAGGAAACUCACAUGGAUUUAUUCAUUGGGAACUUGCAACAUUAAUGGAAAGUUUGAGCAAAAAACUAUAGAGUUGAUUGUUGGGACAUAUCAGGCUGCAGUACUGCUGUUAUUCAAUGCGUCAGAUAGGCUGAGUUAUUUAGACAUCAAGACUCAGUUAAAUUUGGCUGAUGAUGAUUUAGUCAGAUUGCUUCAGUCCCUUUCAUGCGCCAAGUACAAAAUUUUGGUUAAGGAGCCAAAUACUAGAUCUGUAUCUCUAACUGAUUAUUUCGAGUUCAAUUCCAAGUUCACGGACAGGAUGAGGAGGAUUAGGAUCCCUCUGCCUCCUGUAGAUGAGAGGAAAAAGAUAGUUGAAGAUGUUGACAAGGAUAGGCGCUAUGCCAUUGACGCGUCAAUUGUGCGCAUAAUGAAGAGUCGAAAGGUUCUCGGCCAUCAACAGUUAGUCAUGGAGUGUGUUGAGCAGUUGAGCCGCAUGUUCAAGCCCGACUUUAAAGCAAUCAAAAAGAGGAUUGAAGAUUUGAUAACAAGAGACUAUUUGGAAAGAGACAAGGAGAAUCCAAACCUGUUCCGGUACUUAGCAUGA